AUGCCACUUAGAAAAUCUACUCCACAUGAGGCCGUGCAAGCAGUUUACAACAAAAUCUUCAUUGAUUUGCAAAAGGCCUUUAUAGACAUUGGUAAGAUAUCGGUGUGUAGAAACAUUGAAAACAGAAUCACUGUGCAUGCAAGGGUUGAACAGACACAUAGCAUAUCCCGCAUACUGAAGCUAGUUUCUGGAUGCUUCAGGCACUGCCUUAAGAUGGAGCUUCCAUUGCACCUGUAUGCUCUGAAGGCAGAUAUCUUUAAAAGGAUACAAAAGAUAAUGGACCAAUCUGGAGCAGCCAUCUCGAUCAAAAUAUGUAGAAAAGUUGAGGUUUAUAUAUGCGGAAGAAUUGAGGAAUGCCUUGAUGUCAGGAUGGAAAUAUUCCAAAUGAUUGAGAAGAUGGUUGGAAGAGUUACAGAACUCAAAAGGACUGCAAUGCCUCUUCAGGCAGCUGUUGGUAAAGGACAGAGAGUGUUCUAUCGUUCGAGAAUAAACUCUGAAGAGUGUCUUGUUUCUUGGGAGGAUACAAGCCUGGUUAGAAACAACGACUCAGUCAGCAUUUAUGGAUUACACCAGCAUUUUGAAAAGCUUGUUCUUGAUGCUCAAAAGAUGAUGUAUCUGCUGCAGUACAAAGCAAUUGAGAUUGAGAACAUCCUUGCAUACAACCAGUCGUAUAUGAGCACGGGCGAGAAUGGAAAGCCUCAUAUUGAUGUGGAACUGCGAGGAUUCAAUGCUCAUGAUGUAAUGAAGGCAAGGAAUGCAAUAGACCUGCUUUAUAAUGAAGUAAUGAAGCUGGUGGUGUCAGAUGUGGAUUCAUUCAGCAGUGAGGAAGCAAUUGUAUUUGAGGUUGCUGAUACAAGGCAAUUUCUUGUGAUUGGGGAGAAAAGGUGUCUGAUGGGUAUGCUUGAUGAAGGAUAUGUGGAAGGCGAGAUGGAUGUUGACACGGACACCGUUGAUUUUUUGUGUGGAAAGAAAAACGGAAAGAUAAUGAAGAUCAUGAGAGAUGUGGACUGCAGCAUCAAGAUACAAAAGAAAGAGUGCGGAGCCAGGAUUUGCAUUGCAAUCAGCGGUCGCAGCAGGAAUUUUGCACGUGCUUUGGAAAUGAUUGAGGAAGAGUUUCCUGAAGAGCUUACGUUCCAUAUUGAUGAGAAGCAUCACAAGCGAAUAAUUGGAUAUGGAGGAAAGAACAUACAAAAAAUAAUGAAGAAGCAUGGAGUAUACAUUAAGUUUAUGAGUGAUAAGGAACGACGAAGAACUGGAUAUGCAGAUAAUGUAUUGAUGAAGACGCCAAGAAAAAAUGCAUGCAACCUUUCUGCAAUGAAACAAGAAGUGAUGGCGUUGAUAGGAGAGCCUGAUGAAGAGCCUGCAGAGUUUCGGACCAGAAUAUCGUUCAAUGAGUUCUAUGAUCUUGAGUUGUCGAAGUUCAGGUUUGUUUUUGAGGGUGUUUUAGUCAAUAAGAUGGAGAUGGGAGUGCCUUGCAGCUAUUACAUCGAAGACAAGCGAGUGUGCCAUAAAAUUGAUGGAGCAGAGCAUUCAAACGCAAGCCAUAGAGAUAAGGCUGAUGAAUACAAUCUGCAUAGACUCAGAAUACAGAACACAGGUCCAUGGCUUGUUAAAAGCUCUGCCGUACUUUGUUUGGAGAAGGUUACUGCAAUGCAUUGGAUUGGAAAUGUUGAAUGCAUGCCGGUGUUUUAUUGGCUGUUUGAAUGCACAAAUAAUGUCUUUGCAGCAGGCAAUAGAAGUGAUACAAAAGAGCAAUAUGCGUGUGAAAACGAUAAAAGAUUGUUUGUUUGA